AUGUUCGGAUUCGGACGAAAGAACGAGUUCCCCGUUGAGGGUCGCGUUGUGGUCAUCACCGGUGGCUCCGAUGGCAUGGGUCGAGCCGUUGCUGCGAACUUGGCUGGACGAGGUGCACAUGUCGUUGUUGUCGCACGUAGGGUCUCUAAGCUGCAGAGCACUGUCGAAGAGAUGCGGCACAAAGCCCUGAACAGUAUGAAGCAGCGCUUCUUCUACAUCAGUGCCGACCUCACGGAUCCCGCUGAGUGUGACCGAGUGAUUGCUGAAGUUACGGGUUGGAACUACGGUUCUGCUCCCGACAUUGUUUGGUGCUGCGCCGGCUUCUGCCACCCCGGCUUUUUCACCGAUGUUCCGAUUUCAGUUCAACGACAGCAGAUGGAUACCGUCUACUGGACUGCCGCCAAUACGGCCCAUUCAACUCUCCGAAACUGGCUGGCUCCUGUGCCGCCCAGCGGUCAGAUGAAGAACCCUCGCCGCCACCUCAUCUUCACUUGCUCCACGCUUGCGUUUACUCCCAUUGCCGGUUAUGGACCUUACUCGCCUGCGAAGGCUGCCAUUCGUUCCCUGUCUGACACUCUCAGCCAGGAGAUCGAGAUGUACAACGGAGCUUACACUCAGCGUCACCGCAACAGCGCUCCGGCUGCUGAUGUCAAGAUCCACACCAUUUUCCCCAUGGGCAUUCUUAGUGCUGGCUUCGACAACGAGCAAAAGAUCAAGCCCGAGCUCACCAAGAUGCUCGAGGAGGCCGACAAGCCUCAGACCCCCGAGGAAGUUGCGCAGAUCUCCAUCAGCGCUCUAGAACGCGGCGAAUAUCUGAUCACCACUAUGUUUGUCGGCAAUGUUAUGAAGGGAACCGCACUCGGACCCAGUCCUCGCAACGCGCCCGUUGGCGACACCGUGCUCAGCUGGCUGAGCAACCUGGUGUUCCUUCAGGUUAUCCCUGACCUCCGCAACAAGGCCUUCAACUGGGGCAAGACCAACGGCCUUCCCCACCCUGAGUGCCCCGGUCGAGACGAGAUGGAGUGCCAGACACCCCAGUCCUAA